GCCGCCCGCGGCCCUGCGCAGGCGCAGAUCGGAGGAGGACGGUGAGGGAGCGGCGCGGGGGUAAUGGCGCGGUCUGGAGGGUUCGAGGUGGCCGAGCAGCAGCACCAGCAGCAGGUGGUGCUGUCCCGGCAGCAGGAGCGGCAUUACCGGCUGCUGGCCGAGCUCCAGGCGCUUGUCAAGGCGCUGCCCAGCGCCUGCCAACAGCGCCUCUCGUACACGACGUUGUCCGAGCUGGCGCUGGCGCUGCUGGACGGGACCGUGUUCGAGAUCGUGCAGGGGCUGCUGGAGAUCCAGCACCUCACCGAGAAGAACCUGUACAGCCAGCGGCGGCAGCUGCACAGCGAGCACCGCGGGCUGAAGCAGGAGCUGUUCCACCGGCACAAGGAGGCUCAGCAGUGCUGCAGGCCCCACAACCUCCCACUGCUCCGUGCAGCCCAGCAGCGUGAGAUGGAGGCCAUGGAGCAACAGAUCCGAGAGGAACAGCGAAUGAUGGAUGAGAAGAUAGUCUUGGAAUUGGACCAAAAAGUAAUCGACCAGCAGAGCACCCUGGAGAAGGCUGGGGUGUCUGGCUUCUACAUCACCACCAACCCUCAGGAGCUGACUUUACAGAUGAAUUUGCUGGAGCUGAUUCGGAAGCUGCAGCAGAAGGAAGCUGAGGCUGAGAAGACUUCUUCCUGAAAGAGCAAAUCUGCUGUUCAUUUCCCAGAGUUUUUCCUCAGACUUUCCUCUAAACAACAGACUGUCCAUGCAUUUGCUUUUUAUUGUGUCAGGAAGAAGCUACAAGAGUAGAAGAAAUUGCUGAGGCACUUCGAUUAGAGCUGGGGCAGGCAGAGCUCAGUGCAGCCAGGGGGUGCUUGGGAGCCUGGGGAUGGCUCUCUGGCUCGGCUGGGAGCUGAUGGAGCAUGGUCACCUGCCAGGAAUGUCCUGCAGCUGUGCUGAAGCCAUCACUGAGCCAAGGCUGGGCUGAGUACUGAGGCAGCACACUGAGCUCUGCUGUGUGAGGGUGACCUUGUGUUUAGAUUACAUAACUGGGGGGGGGGGGGCGGAAAUUCCAAGGAUAUUUCUGUGUGUUGUUGAGGCAGAAACAACCUCUUAGGCAGACCCUUCCCAGAGUCUCCUCCAGGCUGGUACCAGCAUUAGCUAUAUUAGUUUAUCUGUAUGCUGGCCAGCAUUGUCUGUAUUAAAGGAGGAUUUCAGAGCUCAGCCCAGAGUUACUGGACUGGUGUUUUCAGUGUUCCCACUGACUCAGAAAGCAGAGCUUUUGUUUUGUUCUUUUAAACCAGUUUCCAAAUUAAGAGAAAUAAAACACUCUGCUCUCCUU